CUUUGUGUCAUGGAUGGUAUUCUUCGCCAUCGGGCUGACCACUGCGGUCUGCAUCAUUGGAGUCAGGUCGAAGAAGCCCGAUACUAAGCCCGAUGUGAGGUUCGUGGCGCAGUUCAUGUGUGAGUGCAAGGCUAGGGAAGUGUGGGAUUAUUCGAGAGCCAACCUUGCACAGUUUUCGAAGGAUGGACUUGUCUUGGAUUCGCUGAGUGUGGGCAGCGACGUAGUGGCUCGAUGGGUCCCGCCUGGGUACACCGCUCUUUUGGAAGGAGGUGCCGACUUGUGGAGCAAGACAAGAAAGGACGACAAGCUGGCUUUCAUAGGCAAACUGAAAUCUCGACCCGACGGUGUCCUGAAUUCUCUCCACCAGACACCAUUUUGGAAAGGACGCGUACAUGAGGAGGGAAACGUUUGGAAUAUCCAGAAUUUGGGACGAUUUGUCAGCGAGUAUCCCAUGCAGCUGAUUCUGCACAAGAACCAGAUGUGCUGCCCUUCCGACAACGUUCUGGAAACGUUCCGGCUAGCCCAGCUGCUGCCGAACAAGGCGUGUGUGAUAUCUGCCGCCGUGCACCCUCUGGACGCCGACGGCUGGGGCGGCAUCGUGCACUUCUUCGGGAACAUGUCGGAGGCGGAGGCGGUAGUCAGCGGGCUGCGCAAGGAUGUGCGCGCGUGCCAGCGCCGCAGUUACGCCCUCUACAAGGCCAGGUUCGACUCGUCGAAGAUACUCGCUGAAUCUGGUUUUCUCGACAUGUGGAAUGGUGGCGCGCACUGAGCGCGCAGAGGCGUCUUUCUCAUCUGCGUCUCCUCGCGCGUCGUCGUCGUCGUCGUCGUUGUCGUUGUCGUCCAUCUCCCUCCCCUACCUCCGUUCGAAUCCGUCAGCUGGACUUGUAGGGGUCUGCGCUUGUGAGCUUAUCUUGCUGCGAUGGUGCGUAUGCCUGUCCUCACACACCCUUCCGGAUGUGCCAGCAUCUAUUCUAUGUUGGCGCUUGUUUGCUCAAGGUUUGUGCUGCAACGCUGCCUCGGUCUCACCAACGCAUGGGAUGGGAUUAUUUCAUCGCUUCGCUCAUUCCACCGACCUAGACUGUCCCACCGCGCGCGUUUUCCCGCAUAAUCGCUGCCACUGCGCAUCGUGCUUGUGUGCAGCUCAAGUGGGCCCCGAGAAGCUUGAAGAAGCACGCGAGAACACGCGUUCGACAUACAAUGCACCUGUUACGGGAGAUUUUAGCACUCCUCAAGCUCGUUGGACUGGCGAAUUCUUCAUAACAGGUGGCGGCAA